UGGUGAUCUGCACCAGGAUCAGACAAACCGGAUGCGCAGAUGGUGAUGUCAUUCACUGGUCACCACCAUUUCGCCCUCCCCGCCGUCCUGCUUUCAAUUGGCCCAUGACGGCUUCUCAUAGCCCGAACACUGAGUACUUAGAGUAAUCCGACUCUUCUACGAGAGAGAGAUCUUCUUUUCUUUCAAUUUCGAAACCCUACACCCAUCUACCUUCCUAAUUUACUCGACCUAUUUUACUUACCAAUAAGAAUGGGUAAACUCUGGGGAGCCAGUCCUGGCGAGGAAGAACAACAUCGCGAGCGGGAGAACGGCAACAGCAACGGCUCACGCUCCCACUCCCGCCCUCGCUCCGUCUCGCCAGAUGCACAUGGGCGACGACUGGGUCCGGCGGACGAACGUACAUCGCUUCUUCCACCGCAUCGCCAUCUCAACCCCGACGAUCCAGCGGUUUCGCCAUACAACCUCCUCUCCGUGAGGUCUCUCAGAUGGGCUUCGAUCUUCCUCUUGAUUGUGGCCUUCGUUUGGUGGCUGGUGCUUCUCGUGUCGACGUUUAUUACGCCGCCUGGAUUGCACACUCGAGGCGGUGGUUGGUUCGCCUUUGCGUACUCGACACUUGCCACCGGAAUUCUGCUGGUGCUCCUGCUCUUCUACUCCACGCCGUCAAAGACCGAGAGAAUCGUUCUCGGACUGGUGUUCUUCUUCCUGUUCGUCGAUACAAUCAUCAUUCUGGCUGCCUACCCUAUCCGCCAUGAUGAGAAUUGGAUUGGAAUAGUUUCCGUGGUUUGGGCGUUGGUGAUUAGUGCUUGGGCUAUCAUGUGCGACCGAGUAGUCGAGUACGGCAAACGCGAGGAAGAAGUCCGCUUGACUGGCCGCAGGGAGACCCGCUACACCCUCAGCGAAUGGUGCAGUGUCUUUGCUGGCACGGUCCUGUUGACCAUCUUCCUAGCCAUCAGCAUCCUCUUCACCAUUAACCUUUCCAUCCGUGCCCGCGACGCCACCCUUCCCGCUCCCGGCAAACUCAUCCUCGUUGACGACGGUAGAUACCACAUCCACUUGAACUGCGUCGGUGACAAAAACGCCAGCCACCCAACCAUCUUCCUUGAGGGCGGCGAGGAGUCUGUCGAGGGACGUCUCGAGUCCUGGGUGGCGGAGACCCUGGCCGACGGAGACAUCCAGCGCUACUGCUACUGGGACCGUCCCGGUUACGCGUGGAGCGAGAAUGCUCCUUCCCCCCUCUCCGCUGGUAUGGCCGUCGAUGCCCUCUCCGAAGCCCUCCGCAAGGCCGACGAGACGGGACCUUACAUCCUCGUUUCCCACGGCGUGGGCGGAAUCUACUCCCGCGUUUUUGCAUCCCGCCACACCGCCGAAGUACACGGCAUGCUCCUGAUCGACACCACCCCGGACACCUACCUGGGCCGUAUCGGCUCCCCGACCCGCGGAUUCCUGCUGUGGGUACGAGGUUGGAUCUACCCCCUGGGCCUAGACCGCUUCGUCUCCGCUAUCCUGCUGCAACACAGCCGUGCGGACCGCGUGUACGGCCGUGACGCAUGGCAGAACGGCGGACAGAUCAAGGCGGAGCUGCAAGAGAAUUUGGUGGCAACUACUUUCACGGCUAAUGAGCUUGGUGCUGCGAAUGCGAUCAUGCCCGAUGAUAUGCGGGUUGUCGUUGUUAGCAGCGGGAAGAAGGUGAAGAGGAGCAAGUCGUGGUUUAAUGGGCAAAAGGCCUUGGGCGAGCGUGGGAAGUUGGUCGCGUGGGAUGUGGUUAACGGGGCUGACCAUGAGGUCUGGAAGGAACAGGCUGGCAAGGAUUUGCUUAAACGGAGACUGUCGCAGCUCGUGCAUCGUUCGUAGCGCAUUGUUCUGUUGUUUUCAUUCCUGUCUGUCUGGUCAUUUCCUUGGAUAUCAUCUGCUUUGUUUGGGUUGUAUUGUUUUUCGCUCUUCUUCUGGUGAACUUUCUGCGUUUCCAUUCUGGGCAUAAUAUGUAUUCGGACCCUUUUGCCUUCGUAU